AUGUGGUGGACGUUCCAGAGCCACAGGCAGGGUGUACAGUGUGUCCCAGCAGGAAGCACAGGCGUCACCCGACGUGAUCACAGAAAAGGGUGCUCAGGAUAUUUAGCACAUGUGAUUGAUACCAGAGAUAAAGGGUUGAGAUUGGAAGAUGUUCCAGUGGUACAAGAAUUUCCGGAUGUAUUCCCUGAGGAUCUUCCUGGGCUACCUCCUCACCGGGAGAUCGAGUUCACCAUUGAGCUCAUUCCAAGAACGAAUCCUAUCUCUCAAGCACCGUAUAGAAUGGCACCAGCAGAGUUGAGGGAACUAAAGACUCAGUUGCAGGAGCUGGUAGAUAAAGGUUUCAUCCGACCUAGUUUUUCACCUUAG